AUGGGAUUUCCCAACUGGUGUCUCCAUCAAGUGCAUUUCAGAGAGAACAAGUGCCUUCCCAUCAAGCUCAAGCGCUCCGGCAGAAGCCGACAUGUCGAUCUGGAGGAGACAGUGUGCAAGGCUGCCAGAGGUUCCUUGUACACCAACGAUCCCGGACUCGUUCCUUUGACCAGGAUACACUGGAGAAGGGCCGUUUCCAACCAGUCUGCAGAGCAGGGCAAAGACAAUGUAGAGUUGCGGAUUGAGCGCAGUGGCAUCUCGGAGGCCAAGAUCGUGCAACAGUAA